GGAAGCACGUGUCUCAUACGUCACAGUUGAAAAACAAAAACAAAUCUUCGUCUUGCGACAUCUCUUGUUGUUGUUGUUGUUGUUGUUGUUGUUGUUGUGUUUCACGUUGUAUUUGGACGUGUUUGCUGCUUUAGAAAACCUCCACAUCGUCUCGACUUCAUGGUCGUCCUCCGGCUCCGGGUGAAGCUGUAGUUUACCGGUACCGUCGUCAUGGCUCAGCAGAGAGGAGUCAACAGCCUCCAGUUCAACCAGGACCAGAGCUGUUUCUGCUGUGCGAUGGAGACCGGGGUCCGGAUCUAUAACGUGGAGCCCCUGAUGGAGAAAGGCCACCUGGACCACGAGCAGGUGGGCAGUGUGGCUCUGUGUUCGAUGCUGCAUCGCUCCAACCUGCUGGCUGUGGUUGGAGGAGGAGUCAACCCAAAGUUCUCCGAAAUAUCUGUGCUGAUCUGGGACGACGCUCGAGAGUCUCGAGACCCCAAAGACAAGCUGGUUCUGGAGUUCACCUUCACCAAACCGGUUCUCGCCGUUCGCAUGAGGCACGACAAGAUCAUCAUCGUGUUAAAGAACAGGAUCUACGUUUACAGUUUCCCCGAUAAUCCCGUCAAACUGUUUGAGUUUGACACCAGAGACAACCCCAAAGGUCUGUGUGAUUUGUGUCCCAGUCUGGAGAAACAGCUGCUGGUGUUUCCAGGUCAUAAAUGUGGCAGCCUGCAGCUGGUUGACUUGUCCAACACCAAACCCGGAACGUCGUCUGCCCCGUUCACCAUCAACGCCCACCAGAGUGAGAUCGCCUGCGUGGCACUGAACCAGCCGGGCAGCGUGGCGGCUUCAGCCUCCCGCAAAGGAACGCUCAUCCGUCUGUUCGACACCACGACCAGAGACAAGCUGGUGGAGCUGCGCAGAGGAACCGACCCGGCCACCCUCUACUGCAUCAACUUCAGCCACGACUCGUCCUUCCUGUGCGCCUCCAGCGACAAAGGCACCGUUCACAUCUUCGCACUCAAAGACACCAAACUCAACCGUCGCUCUGCACUGGCUCGCGUCGGGAAGGUGGGUCCUGUGAUCGGUCAGUACGUGGACAGCCAGUGGUCGCUGGCCAGCUUCACCGUGCCGGCAGAGUGCGCCUGUAUCUGCGCGUUCGGAAAGAACACGUCCAAGAACGUCAACUCCGUCAUCGCCAUAUGUGUGGACGGGACCUUCCAUAAGUACGUGUUCACCCCCCGACGGAAACUGCAACCGAGAAGCCUUCGACGUCUAUCUGGACAUAUGUGAUGAUGAUGACUUCUGAGGCCGGCUGAAGGUCAUUAGCUGGAAGGAGAGAGCAGCGAGGACGAGGUGGAAACACGAGGAUGACGAAUGAAAAUGACUGCGGUUAAUGAUUAUUGUUGUGUUCUGGAGACAGAUGGGAAGACGGCUGGAGACAGAGAAUCAGAGACGUGUGGAGGAACAGACUUUAUGCUGGGGCCUGUUUUAUAAAGUCCUCUGUGUUUGUAAUCAGUUCCUGUAUGUAGCAGUGUGAAUAUGAGUCUGACUGGUUGAUGUGAACACUUAUAAAUGCGCUUAAACCUGGGAGGAAAAGUGGUUUGCUGUAUUUAUGAGAGCUUACCAGUUUAAGUCAAACAGAAAUUAAAUUUGUUUUUCUUAAGAAAUCAGAA